CCAUUUACUCCACCCAUUAAAAUCCAUUCUAUUCACUGCCUUCUCUGUCCUCUCUGCCACUCCAUUAUUCUCAACCAUUCAAGCUCUCUAUCUCUCAUGAAAAUUUCUUGAAAAAACCAAUCUUUAUUCCCUUUGCGCCUUUCUUUCUUCUGGGCUCAAUAACAAUGGUUUCUCUUGAAGAAUCUCAUUCCAGUUCCACUCGCUUCUCACAACGGCGACCUUACUACACUCCACCUCCGUCAUGGAACAAGAUCCAGAGACCUCUCGGCCGCUCCAUGCGCACUAUCCGCUCCAAUCUCUUCCAGACCGACCACUCUUGCUCAUUUCCAGGACCAACCACACCGGAAAGAUCAGCCAAUGUCUCCGAAAACUUAACCGAUUCUGUCAUCGACCUCCGACUCGGCGAACUUGCUUCUCGUACCAACCAAUCGGUCAAGUCCUCAUCUUCAGAAGACGAUUUUUUCGAUCUGUCUCAAGCUUUCAGCGAUUUCUCGGCUUGUAGCAGCGAUAUUUCCGGCGAGUUACAGCGUCUUGCAACUCUCCCAAAUGCCGAAAACCAGGAUCCGAAUCCGAACUCGGAACCCGAACCGGAGCCGUGCUAUGGGUUCUUGCAGAGAGAGAGCUUUUCAACGGAGAUAAUAGAAAGUAUUUCGCCGGAGGAUCUUCAACCGACAGUGAAAAUCUGCAUCGACGGCCUUAAUUCGUCGUCGGUUGCUGUGAAAAGAUCGGCGGCGGCGAAAUUGAGACUACUAGCAAAGAAUCGGUCUGAUAAUCGGGCGUUGAUAGGCUCAUCCGGUGCUAUACCAGCUCUAGUACCUCUGUUAAAGAGUAGUGACCCUUCGACUCAAGAGCAUGCUGUCACAGCUUUGCUUAAUCUCUCACUCCACGAAGAGAACAAAAGCUUGAUAACAACCGCCGGCGCCGUGAAAUCCUUCGUGUUCGUGUUGAAAACCGGAACUGAAGCAUCAAAACAGAACGCGGCGUGCGCUUUGUUGAGCUUAGCUUUGGUUGAGGAGAACAAGAGUUCUAUAGGGGCUUCAGGCGCCAUACCACCAUUGGUGGCUUUGCUGAUUAAUGGGUCGAAUAGAGGGAAAAAAGACGCAUUGACUACGCUGUAUAAGCUUUGUUCAGUGAAGCUGAAUAAAGAGAGGGGGGUGAGUGCUGGGGCGGUGAAGGUGUUGGUGGGUUUGGUGGGUGAGAAUGGGACGGGGUUGGCGGAGAAGGCAAUGGUGGUGCUGAGUAGUUUGGCUGGGAUUGAGGAGGGGAAGCAGGCGAUUGUGGAGGAAGGUGGGAUUGCAGCGCUUGUGGAGGCAAUUGAGGAUGGGUCGGCCAAAGGGAAGGAGUUUGCGGUGUUGACGUUGUUGCAGUUGUGUGGUGAUAGUGUUAGGAAUCGAGGGUUGCUUGUUAGGGAAGGUGGGAUUCCUCCUCUUGUCGCUCUUUCGCAGACUGGGACUGCUAAAGCCAAGCACAAGGCUGAAACUUUACUUGGGUACCUGAGAGAACCAAGACAAGAAGCUUCUACUUCAAGCCCUUAGAGAGGGAUGAGAUGAAAGGGAGGAAAGACGUAGUAGGAGGCCCUGUGAUCUCUUAGUCGUUUGGUGGAAAGUGGUUUUAGCUAGAGUAUUGAUCCCACCAGCUUGUAUGCAUGUACAUACUUAGACUGUCAGCCAGCCAGCCAGCCACCAACCUACCCCACCAAAAGAUUGCGUAUUUUGGGGCCAUAUUUAUUAUCUUUCUCUUUCUGGGGCGGGCUUGUCGUCUUUAUUAGUUCAUUAGCUGGCAGGGCAGAGCAGGUGCAAGGGCUUGUCCUGUUGUUUGGAUGGGUCAUUGCUUAUUUCCAUCUCUUCUCCCAUGCAUUUUGCACUUUUGGUAUGGUUUUCAAUCGUUGUUUGAUGAAGUGUCGGUGUAGCUAAUCGUAUUUUGGGUAUGGUUCCAAGUGAUUUGUUGUACCUUUGAGGCCACAUUGUUGGUUUCUCUCUUUUUUAUUGCAAGAAGAGUGUG